GAGGGGAAGGGAGAGAGAGGGGGAAGGAGAAGGGACGAAGGAGAAAUGCAGCGGGAUGACUGCAUCAGGGAAGAAACAUGUAUCUUCUCGUUUGUCGCACAUUUUGUAAAGCAUAAAUAUGAUUGACUUGUUCAUCAACAUUUUGUUCUACAGUAAACGACAAGACACCUCAAAAAGGAUCACCCAGCGUAUGCAGAGUGUACCAGAGUGAUGUCAUCUCCAGGUAUGGGCACCCCCAGUGACCCCCUCCUCACCAGCCCAGUGGGGGGAGGAGGAGCAGGGGGGAGGUCAUCCUGUGCCACUCAGGAUGGCCUCUGGAGGACCUGUCUGCCAAAGACCGCCAGCUUCCCGUCAUCCACCACACGACACCUGAGUCACCGCGCCAACAACUUCCAGAGACACCCGAAGCGGCGGAAGUUGAUCCGGCCGUCCCCUCCCCCGCCCCCCAACACCCCCUGCCCCCUGGACCAGCUGGAUCUCAGCGAGCUGCCCCCCCGACGCACUUUACCCGAGCUGCUCUUCAAUGGCUGCGUCCUGUUUGGCAUCGAGUUCAGCUACGCCAUGGAAACGGCCUACGUCACUCCCGUGCUGCUGCAGAUGGGCCUUCCAGACCAGUUCUACAGCUUGGUGUGGUUCAUCAGUCCCAUCAUGGGGUUCCUCGUCCAGCCUCUUCUUGGAGCCUGGAGUGACCGUUGCACAUCUCGCUUCGGCCGAAGAAGGCCUUUCAUCUUUGCCCUGGCCAUAGGAGCCCUGCUGGGUUUAACACUGGUGCUGAACGGACGAGACAUCGGUGGGGUGAUAUCAGACACAGCAACCAAUCACAAGUGGGGCAUUAUCCUGACCGUGUGUGGAGUGGUACUGAUGGACUUCAGCGCCGACUCGGCCGACAACCCCAGCCACGCCUACAUGAUGGAUGUGUGCAGCCCAGAGGACCAGGAUCGGGGCUUGAACAUCCACGCUCUGCUGGCAGGACUGGGAGGUGGGUUCGGGUACAUUGUCGGCGGAAUCAACUGGGACCACACGGAGUUCGGAAGGUCUGUGGGAGGGCAGCUUCGGGUCAUCUACAUGUUCACCAGUGUCACCUUGGUGGCUGCCACAGCGAUGACUCUGACGAGCAUCCCGGAGCGGGCCUUGCCAAAGACGCAGCCUCAGAAGAACUCCAAAAGCCUCCUGAAGAGCCCAAGUCACCCCCUCCCUCCCUCUCCCCCUGUCCACCCCGCUGUGGCCCUGGAGGAGGAGGUGGAGGAGGAAGGCCUGUACGGCUACCAGUUCUCCCACCACCACCCUGACCCCCUGGCACAUUCCUGCAGUGCCAACGCGCGCCUCUGUGCCGGCCUGACUAGUCCCAUAUCCCCACUCAGCCCGCUCACUCCCAAAUACGGCAGCUUCAUCAGCCGAGACAGCUCUCUCACCGGCAUCAACGAGUUUGCCUCCUCUCUGGGCACCUCCUACAUUGACAGUGUUCUCAUCGACUGCUACACAGGACAGCAAUCGCCACAGCUUCUGGACCCCUGCUGUGCAGCCAGGCCCUUGCCCCCAGGUGACAGCCCGCCUCCACAGGGAUCUCAGCCAGGGGCAAGAACCCAGCCUGUGGGUGGGCCUCAGCCUGCAGGUGGGCCUCAGCAGGGAGCAGGGUCCCAGCCUGGUGCUGAGAUCCAGCCUGCUGGAGAGACCCAGCCUGGGAGGGUGUCUAUGCCUGGGGCAGGCUCCAAGCGGGGCUCCUCUGCUGGCAUUCUGAAACGCCCCCAGAGCCUGGCUCUGGUGGAGGAACCUCUGAUGACUCCAACUGGGCUCGAGAACGGCAGGAGGAGAACAGUCACUUUCAGCCAGCAGGUGGCAAACAUCCUGCUGAACGGAGUGCGCUACGACAGUGACCUGAGUGAGCACGUGGAGACGGCCGACUCCCAGAUGUCCAUGAAGUUGCUGUGUGUGGCCAUCUACAGGAUGCCCCCCUCCCUCCGCAGCCUGUGCACAAACCAUUUUCUGGGUUGGCUGUCCUUUGAGGGCAUGCUGCUGUUUUACACUGACUUCAUGGGGGAGGUGGUGUUUGAGGGAGACCCCAAAGCCCCUCACGACUCGGAGGCCUACCAACGCUACAACGCAGGGGUCAGCAUGGGCUGCUGGGGCAUGUGCAUCUAUGCAUUCAGUGCUGCCUUCUACUCAGCCAUCCUGGACAAGCUGGAGGAGCGUUUCUCCCUCCGCUCGCUCUAUUUCUUUGCCUACCUGGCCUUCGGUCUGGGCACGGGUCUGGCCACGCUGUCCACCAACCUCUAUGUGGUGCUGUCUCUCUGUGUCACCUACGGGGUGCUCUUCUCCUCCCUGUGCACUCUGCCUUACUCGCUGCUGUGUGACUACUACCAGAACCCUGAGUUUUGUGGCUCCUCUGAGGAAGGGACCAGGAGAGGGAUGGGCGUGGACAUCUCUCUACUCAGCUGCCAGUACUUCCUUGCUCAGAUCCUGGUUUCCGUGGCAAUGGGACCUCUGACCUCGCUGGUGGGCGGGGCCCAGGGAGUGAUGUACUUUUCGAGCGCGAUGUCAUUCGUGGGCUGUCUGUACUCCUCACUCUGCGUGGUGUACCAGCUGCCCCCCCCCGAGGGAAGAGGAGAAGUUGAAACUGGGGUGUGACUCCGCAUUCAGUUGGAAACCGAAAAAAGACACCACCAAAAAAACCAAACACACACAAAACAAGAAGAGCAGCGAAAGAGGCUGUUUCACUGGCAAGAAAGAAUCCAGGAAGAUGCUGGAUGGGAACUGUGCUUGUGAAGCGUGGCGGCCGAGGGGAGGCCCUUCUGGGGGGUUUUGCCAGCCAGCUGCAGGUGCUUCUUCUAUCCACUAGAGUGCAUGUUGUAGGAUCGAGCCCUCUCACCACACCACACCCACAGUGGCCUGGAGUGUGGUUCCUCUCUCAUGCUUGGGUUAGGUUUCCACCCCCUAUACCCUCUCUCACCACACCACACCCACAGUGGCCUGGAGUGGUUCCUCUCUCAUGCUUGGGUUAGGUCUCCACCACCCUCGUACCAGUCUUCGGUUCAGUUCUAGAACCUUCCAUCUCCAUUGGGAUGCUAAUGAAAAUCAUUUGUUUUUUCCCUGUUUCAGUUGUUGAAAAGACAACUGCAAUCUAUCAAAUUCAAUCUACAGCGUGUCAUUCCAAAGUAGUUUGUCGUCAUUUGCACUGCUCGGGCAUUAUCAUCACGCGAUACGACUGACACAGAGAAUGCUCUCAGGCUCUUAUCGAUCUCCGACAUCACUUGCCUGUUUUCAUGAUGUCAUUUCCACUGGAAUCACUGCCCCUGCCCCUCAUCAUACCACUUUGGUCCAGGCCAGGUGAGGCCUGUGUUGGGGAGAUGGACCCCCCCCCCCCCCCUGAUGCCUCCAGAACAGACUGGACACGCGCCAUCGUUCUGUUUCUGAGGACUGUCACCGAGGAGAUAAGGAUUGUAUGGAGCAUGAUGUUGCAGCGCUUGAAGUCUGACAUAGACAACAACAUUGUCAGUCAUUUACAGUAACUUUAUGUAACAAUGCAAUUAUCAAUAAUUCUUAUAUCAUAUUAACAGUGCUACUGUAACAGCUACUUUUUCUUCAGGGUUGAGUUCAAGAAAAAAGCGACAAAAAAUAGAAUUUUGCCAUUUUGACUGCUGUGUCAUUCUUUCUCUACGUAUAUAUAAUGUGCAUAGUUAUCCUUUCAUUAAGAUCCAACAUUAGAAUCUUAUAUUACAAAUGUGAACAUGAACACCGAUACAGACAGUAUACUAAUACGAUUACAAACAAUAUGGAACUUCCUUUUGACCCAAGAGUCAGGGUUGGAUAUUGAAUGGUUUCAUUUGUUGUGUUUAUCAUUCAACACUGGAGUGCCUACUCAAGUCACCUAAGAUGACCUCUGUUGUCGCACUCUCAACACAACACUAGAUGGCGCCGAGCCUGAUUCUUGACUAACAAAAGAUGUUUCUAGCCUGUCAACCUCUUGCGCUAGGUCUUGUGAAACUGUGCCUUUUUCUUGUAUGUCUUCCAGUGUCAGAUAAAACUAGAACAACUGCCCUCAGAAUCUCCAGUCUAGUAGGCUCACAGAAACAUUCAUGGUUUAUCACUUCAGCGUCACUCUAAGUAACUGUUAAGCCUUCCAUUAAAUAGAAUUAGAGCAUGUGCUUA